GAUAUUGUUGUACAAACCUCUUUCAUAUAUCUACUUCUACAAUCCUACAAAAUUUAUUUUGUUUCAAAUCCUUUUUACUAAUUUCAGUUUAUUCCAAAUGUGUAAUAGAAUUUCAUUUUAACUAUUAAUUCCAAAUCCCAAAAGAAUCAGAUUCCAAACAAAACAAAAGUCUACGGAACUCUCCAGCUUAAAACCCUCGUUUCACUGUUUGGCCUAUCAGUACAACUCGCUCGCUCGCUCUCUAGAAAAUGGCUUUUUUAUUCAAAAGACUGGCCAAAGCUGCACCGAUCGCAUUCACUCACGCAUUUGGAGGCCAAACCAAGUCGGGAUUUACCAAAUUUCAAGUCCCCUUUGGAGCAAUUGCCGCAAUCUCUAGUGGAAUCUCAUAUUACUACUAUUUUUCUUCUCCCAAUUUGGUUUAUUUAGAUCAAGUCAAUGAGGAAACAGGUCGAAAAAUUGCGCUUAAUCCAGAUAAGUGGAUUGAAUUUAAGUUGCAAGAUACUGCAAAGGCCAGCCACAAUACUCAGCUAUUCAGGUUCUCAUUUGAUCCUGAGGCCAAGCUGGGUCUUGAUGUUGCCUCGUGCAUCAUUACAAGGGCUCCAUUAGGACAAGAUCCUGAAGGAAAACCAAAAUAUGUCAUUCGCCCGUAUACUCCUAUAUCAGAUCCAGAUUCUAAGGGAUUCUUUGAUUUAUUAAUUAAGGUGUAUCCAGAAGGGAAGAUGAGUCAGCAUUUUGCAAGCUUAAAACCAGGCGAUGUAUUAGAAGUGAAAGGGCCUAUUGAAAAGCUCAGAUAUUCUCCCAAUAUGAAGAAACAUAUUGGCAUGAUUGCAGGUGGCUCGGGCAUUACUCCAAUGCUUCAGAUAAUUGAUUAUAUUCUAAAGAAUCCUGACGACAACACCCAGGUCUCAUUGCUCUAUGCUAAUGUAUCCCCAGAUGACAUACUGCUUAAACAGAAACUUGACGCUCUUGCAGCUAGCCACCCAAAUUUAAAGGUAUUCUACACUGUAGAUAACCCAUCGAAGGAUUGGAGGGGAGGUACAGGUUUCAUCUCAAAGGAUAUGGCCGUGAAAGGCUUACCUGGUCCUAGUGAUGAUACUCUUAUCCUCGUAUGCGGUCCCCCUGGAAUGAUGAAAUAUAUAUCCGGUGACAAGGCCAAAGACUACUCACAAGGCGAGCUCACUGGCAUACUCAAAGAUCUCGGAUUUACAGAGGAAAUGGUUUACAAAUUUUAAUGGAGCGAGGCAGUUCAACGUCCAUAUUCUAUGUCAAAUCAAAUUUUUGUAAUAAAAUAAUUUUCGAAGGAACAAUUACAGGUAGAACUCAAAAAAAAAACACCAAGAGAGUGAAUGGGCUUAAAAAUGAUUUCCAAUUCCAGGUGACAGUUGACAAAAAAUGUAUUUUGUGAGAGCCCUUGUCUGAUGAAUGUAUGCUUCUGAAGAUCUUUGUUAAGGCUUUAAGAUGUGGUAAUACAUCUAAUAAAUUAUUCCAUCCAAUGUACUCCUCUCUACAUAUUGGAUAUAAUGGUCAAAUGGUAGAAGCAAGAGAUUGUUGGGUGUUUUGAGCAAAAA